AUGUUCAGGGGGCUGGGUAAUGAUGACAGGCGAAGGAAAGGCCUUGAAGUAUUUCAGACUGUGAGUGUCUUAAAAACCUGUACAAAACCAAACAAAAAAACCCUGUACAAAACCAAACUGGAAGAAUACUACAAAUUCCAUGCGUUUCAUUCACCUUCCUUGGAAGAUGCAGACUUUGACAACAGGCCUAUAGUCCUCCUUGUAGGCCAGUAUUCCACUGGGAAGACUACCUUCAUAAGGUAUCUUCUUGAACAAGAUUUCCCUGGAAUGAGGAUUGGUCCAGAGCCUACAACAGAUUCCUUCAUUGCUGUGAUGCAGGGUGAUGUGGAGGGCAUAAUUCCUGGAAAUGCACUGGUAGUAGAUUCCAAAAAGCCAUUCAGGAAACUUAAUGCUUUUGGCAAUGCCUUCUUGAAGAGAUUUAAAUGUGCUCAGCUGCCAAACCCAGUACUGGAGAGUAUCAGUAUUAUUGAUACACCAGGGAUCCUUUCAGGAGAGAAACAAAGAAUUAGCCACAGCUAUGACUUUGCUGCUGUCCUAGAGUGGUUUGCAGAGAGGGUGGACCACAUCAUUCUCCUCUUUGAUGCCCACAAGCUAGACAUCUCAGCAGGACUCGCUUUGGUAGGCCAGGCAAGAUCAUGCGCUUCCUCACUAGGAUUCUCACCUUCGUUUCCCUGGGAUUUAUUUUCCUAUUAUGGUGGAGCCAUCUUCUCUGGAGACACACACUGCACAACAAAGGUAAUAUGACCACUGCAGGUCUGGAAGAAGAUUUACCACUGACAUUUGAUGCUUUCAUACAUAUUCAGCAGCUCAGGAAAAAGACCCUGAGGU